AUGAAGCUUGACUUCGCUAUGCGCCCGGCUGCUGUACUCACAUCUAUUAUUUUAUCUAGGUUCGUAUCUUGUCGUGCACUCCGACAGCAUCCUCUGAUUGCCUCGGGGGAUCAUCAAUAUGCUAUCGGACAUGGCGUGUCAGGUUAUCAUCGCCGACCACCAUCUCCUAUUCCCUCGGCCUCAUCUAAGGAUAUCAAACCAGUCGCCGGCUUCAUUGCCCUAGGCGAUUCCUACAGCGCUGGGAUCGGCACCGGUGUAGAUGGCAAAGAGGAUGACUGCAGGCGCGGGUUGGGUGCUCAUGCCGUUCUGAUUGCUUCCGAUCUGUUAGCCAGUCAAGGCGGACGAAAUUCUACCACCUUUCAAUUUCUAUCAUGUACAGGAGCCACGACCGAACAGAUCUUAUCCAGUCGCGACGGCAGUCGUGAUAGCCAGAUCGAUGCCUUCAAUACUUCCCUACCAGCAGACUUUGCGCUAUUGUCAAUUGGUGGAAACGACCUCGGCUUCUUUGACAUAAUGAAUGCAUGUGUAUUUCGCUUCUACAACUUCUACUCUCGUGCCUGCGAGACGGCGCUCAAGAACGCAAGAGACCAGAUCGAGAGCGAUGAAUUUACACGUCGUUUGGAGAUCAUCAUCAUAGAAAUCCUAGAGAGGGUCCGUUGGGAGAAGAAGCAAUAUUUCACCAUUACCGUCACAGGAUACGCCCGGUUCUUUAACGAUGUCACCGAUGACUGCGACGAAAUGAGCUUCGGCGUCUGGUGGAAUGGUCCGAAGCUGAAAAAAGACUUGAGGAUUCGGAUGAAUGCAAUGGUGCUUACGGUUAAUGCCAAGAUCCGCGAGACCAUCGAAACGAUAAACUCGCACUUCAUCAAGGACAAAGUCAUAUUUAUUGAUUAUGACAGGGGGUUUGAUGGUCAUCGGUUCUGCGAGGAGGGUGUGAAAGAGCCAGAUUACGACCGCGAAGAUACGUGGUUUUUCCUCGUAGGCGGUCCGGAUAACGCCAGAAAUGGAACCCGAUCGAAUCAUGUUUCUAACGUCCAGACUUUGCCUCUGACCUCAGCUCUGGUUGACCCAUCAUCGUGUCUUGAGCCUGCACAGGCAUCUGGGGAUUGGGGCCGAUUGGCUUUGUGCUAUAUGGCCAUGGCGAAGCAUCAAGACCCAAGCUUACAGCCUGCCCACGGAGACCUCGUUGCUGAAAACUCGAUGUGGUAUGUCCCAACAUACUACGGCAAGACGUUCCAUCCCAGGUCUCUUGGUCACGAGACCAUAAGAAACAAAAUUUACGAGAUAUGGCAAACCCUAGAAUAG